GCGGGGACGUCUGCGCAACGCACCUGCACUCCGCGGCAGCCCCAGCCGCCGCAGCUGCCCCAGCUGCCGCAGGUGCCCCAGCCGCCGCAGGUGCCCCAGCCGCUGGGGACCCCGCUGGCGACGGCAGUGGUGUAACCCAGGACGCCGAGCGCCUCGGCAUCGACGACGACGACGGGGACGUCGACGGCAGCAUCGACAUCGAUGAGGUCGGGGCCGUCGCGCUGGCGGGGCCGUCAGCACCAGCCCCAGGCGCCCUGGGCAGGGCUGCCCCAGGAGUGGCCGCCACUCCCCCUCCUCCCCCCGCGGCGGCCGCGGCGCCGGCGGAGCUUGGGGCCACCCUCUUGCAGAACCUCGUGGAGGCCACAAUCCAGCAGAACGUGCAGCUGAUCAGCGCUGCCCGGGUCAGCGAGGGCGGUCCUGGAUCCGCCAUCGCCACCACCAGCGUCCGCGAUUGGGCUUCGUUGCGGGCCUUGCUCGAGACCCUGGCGUACAAGCCACAGGCGCAGUGCCCCUGGCGCCGGCUGGGCUUCGCGCCCCUGGAGGGCCCUGAACCGACCCUGCACGGGCUCGAGGCUCGAUUGCGCACGGCCCGCCUGCUGUGCUCAGUCUCGCAAGCACCGUCGUGGACCCCUCCAGAUCGCGCUCAAGCGGACGGCGCCCUGCAGAACCUCAUCGCCGCGCUGCGCCAGUGCAGCGAGUUGCUCCCUGAGGUCGCGAAGGAGCGUCGACGCCAGCGACCCUCUGCCCUCCCACUAUGGCAGGAGCUUGGCACGCAGGCGCUCGAGCUCAUCCGCGCCUCGGCCCUUUCUGAUACAGAGGUGGUGCUCACGCAGUGGUCAGAUUUGCUGCUGCCCACGGCAGAGGCCCAGGGAAUACAUGGCGGCACGUUGGCACUCGACCAAAGUCGCCACCUCGCGGCACUUGCAGCCAAGGGCGAUGGGCGGCUAUACGCUGAUCUGGGAGGCCGCCCAGCGGUCCUUUGGGCCCCCACGGACAGCGCAGCAUUGGGACGCCUCCUCUCCGCGUACACGAGGAUCUCCGCAGCGCCAGGCGGCCCGCCAUAUCUCCGCCUCGUGGCCCCUCUGGAGCUCUUCCGGGGCUGCCACACGCCAGAGGCCAUCCAGGAUCUGUGGUGGCAUCCACUUCUCGGUGAGAGUCGGGCUCCCCUCACCAAGCGGGUAGAGUAUUCCGUAACGCCCCACGCCAUGAUCCUCCCCGGCCUGCAUGGGCCGCGCCACGAAUUCCACGGCAUCGCCAUCUUCACAGUGGCAGCGGCUAUGCCGCGACGCCCGCCGAUGGUGCUGCCAGCCGCAGCUCCCGUGCUGCACGUGGAGGCGGCGCCGAGCUACUUGCUGGACUUCCCAGCGGACGCACUCCACCAGGUGCUUCGACUGCUGGGUGACACCAACUUGCAACAUGUCAGAGCCGGCGCUCCCCGGCGCAGCUUGCUUUCCACCACGGAGAGCAAGCGCCUCAGCAUGGAGUGGACGUUCCCGCCCACAGUGACCCCGCUGGAGCUGGAGCUUCUUUGGCGCCUCCUCCGCCGGACGUCCCUGCCUCAAGGGGCCUUCUUCGGCUCGACGGCCAUGUUCGCGGACGAGUCCACGCUCAUCUGCGAAUUCACGGGCGCCGGGGCUGCGCUGCACGCCUGGGGGCUGAGCACGCAGAUGGUCCCACUCCGUUCGGACAAGGUGCUGCUGCUCACGGACGCGGAGCCCGACACGUGGAAGCCAGCGAUGACCCAGCUCAUGCAGCAGGACGUUCAGAACGCCAUCCUCCGCCUGAAGUACCGCCCCUCGCGCCACGGCGGGCGCCCUUGGGCCCUCCCGGGCGCCACCCAGGCGCAGCUGACAGCUGCCAGGAGGACGAAAGGAGGCAGGGCAGGACAGGUAGCACCCAUGAGCAACAUCACGGAGAUCCAUGUGGAGGGCUCCUUGGGCUACGACGUGAUGGGGGUGUAUCGGCAGUUGGUGGCGCACAUCAUGCAGACGCUCGGCAUCACCCUGAGAGAGGCCAGCACGAGCAGUCCCGCUGGGCCUGGAUGCUGGCAUUACCCGGCGGCCUCGGACCCCACCGCACCGCCUGGACGGCUACGAUUGUAUCUCGCCUCCGAAGCCGAGGUGCGAGACGUCCGCCAGGCCCUGCACGGACGAUCCCUCCAGGUGGGCAUGGACAGGCGCACGCUGCGGAGCCGGGCCGGGGCAGAUCGGACGAUCAAGGACGUAUUCUACCUCCUCUCCCCCCUCUUCCUCAUCAUGAUUUUUGUGAUCCUCGGGAUGGGCAUGGGCAUCAACAUGAAGAUAUUCCUCACUCUCUGCGGGUCCGGGCUCGGCUACGUCGUGGGCGCACUGUCGCUGGCCACAUGGAACGCGCAGGCCUUGUUCGCUGCGGACCCGGGCCGGCUCCGUGCCAAGACGCGGCACGUGGAGAUCUUACGCGUCGGGAUCAUCGUGCAAAACCGUUUUCUCAAUCAGUUCCCAGAGCGUGAUUGGAUUGAGAUUGAAGCCGGCCGCGCAGCAGCGCUCCGCCUGGGCGGCCCUCAGGGGUCCUUGGAUAUGAUUGUCGUGUACUUCCCGACGGGCUCCGCCCAGGCGCUGCAGGUGAGCGCGCUCACGGUCAUCGCCGGCGACUUCAAUUGGGUCGUGGAGGACGCUGACCGGGUGACUCUACGCUCAGGGCGCCACUCUGGAAGGCGCGAUCGUGCCGAGGAACGCCACUGGCAGCAGACAGCGCUCCAGCCAUUCUCGUUACAUGAGCUCCACCAGCCCGCGCAGACGCACCGCAGCGGCACCGCGACGUCGCGGCUCGACAGGAUCUACUGGAACCAGGAGGCGGCGGAGCAGCUCGAUCGAGACAUUUAUGCGGUCGCACUGGAAUGGGUCCCGGGGCUAUCGCACCACCGAGCCGCGGCCGCAGGUCGCAGGCUGCCCUCUCGCGCCGCGGCGGCCGACAGGCCCAUCGCGCCGGAGAUAAUCCAGCAUGCAGACUGGGCUUACCGCGUCACACUUGCGUUCCAGGAGCGCGCGGCGGCUGAGCCCGAAGCUUCGCCUCUUCGCCGUCUGGCCUUGCUCAAGGAAGCGAUGAAGGCAGUCGCAGCGGCACUGGCCAGGCAGAUGGCGCACGGGCACCCGGCCGAGGCUACAGAAGACCGGGUUGGGGUCACGAUGCAAUUUCUGCGGGCUGCCGAGGGCGGCCAUUUGGGGCGCAUCAGUCGCUGCCUGGAGCGAUACCCACAUUUGGCCCAGCUGGUAAACAACCCCUACUCGCCUCAGCUGCGCGCGGCAGGCCGCCUGCAGGCGGUUCGGGAUCAUGCAAUGGAGCUGGCUCGCGAGCACGCGUUGGAAGAGCUGCGCCGGCUCCGGGCGGACUUGCCAACUUUGGACGCCCACCAAGCAGCCGUACGACGCAGUCGGAACUGGCAGCUGCUGGCGAGGUUGGCGCCUGGGCGCUGCCGGUCCCUUGCCGCCGUGCUGAAUCGCGCGGGCGAGGUGGUCACGAGCCCUGCAGCAAUGGCAGACGCUCUGAGGGAUCACUGGAGAACGACCUUCCGCGCGCGACCCCUGGACACACGUCUCCGCCGGCAGUGGCUGCUCGACGAGCGGCGCGCCCGGGCGGAGCGCGGAGGCCCGUCGCCUCCGCCGGUCGAGGACCCGCGAUGGCGCCUCCAAUUGAGCGACGUGCAGGAAGCGCUGGACUCCGCGCCGUCGACCGCGCCUGGCCCAGACGGGCUACCGUUCGCAGCGUGGAAGCGACUCGGCCCCCUGGCUGCGGACGUCCUGCACAGCGCCUACGGCCAGCUCUGCAGCCCGGGGGCAAACGAGGCCAUCGUGCGGGACCUCCCGAGCUACAACGACAGCCUGAUGGUCUUCCUGCCGAAAGCGGCGACAGGCGCGGGGGCCGACGGGACGCCGCACUACGCGCCGGGCGACACUCGCCCUCUGAGCCUC